UCCAACCCCAAUCUUCAUCCCAAAAACACAAAAGGUGAGGCUGAGAGUCUUCUUUUCUCACACAUACACACACUCAAUCACACUUUCAAGAUUUCUUCACUUUCUUGUUUUGAGUUCUUCAAUUUUAAUUACAAUUCCCCCCCUUCUGUAACUCCCCGCUUCUGUUCAUCCCUUUCUGCAAAUCAUCUGUCUUUCAAAACUGAAAAAAUAAUAUUGAUUUGGGUUUGUUUUUGUUUAAUCUUUUCAACGAUUUUUUGAGCAAAAAACAAACUUGAUUUAAAUUCUAUUUUCUACGAGUCAGAGAGUCAGGUGUUUUUCAGAAUAGAGAUCCAGCUUUUUUCAUUUGGGUUCUAUUUCUAAUUUUCUGUAAAUCUUGAUUUUUUUUUUUUCACAUCAAAAUCAUACCUUUUUAGGGUUUAUUUUAGUCCCUUGAGGUUGGUUUUAUUUUAGAUUUUAUUAAGUAUUUCGAAGAAAAAAGGGUUUAAUUAUUAUUUGAAAACCCUUGAUUUUCCUGGUUUUUUUCGUGGGAAAAUCUUGAAUUUAUUUUUCUUCAAUUAAUUGAUUCAAAAAUUAAAAAAAAAAAAUUAAGAAUGGCUUCUGCUACAAUGGAGUUUUGGAAUGUUAAUGAUUUCCAGCAGUCAACCGGUGAGCUCAUGGAUGCACUUGGGCCUUUCUUCAAGUCAAAUUACGAUAGUACCCUUGCUUUCUCUUCUCCUUCUACUUCUUACCCCUACCCUUCUUCGUCUUUCUCUUCUUCUCCUUCUUCUUCUUCUUCUCCUACCCAACAAGAAUCUGGAUUUUACCCAGAUGGGUACACCCACGGAUUCUCGACCCAAGAUCCGUUUGGUUAUGACCAAUCCGUUUCCUCUUUCGGAUUGAACCAGCUGACUCCAUCUCAGAUCCAUCAGAUCCAAACCCAGAUCAACUUACCUACCUACAACAAUUACUUGGCUCCGAAACCCGUACCCAUGAAGCAAUCCGUAUCACCUCCGAAACCCACGAAGCUUUACAGAGGUGUGAGACAAAGGCACUGGGGAAAAUGGGUCGCAGAGAUCCGUUUACCCAAGAACCGGACCCGGCUUUGGUUGGGUACAUUUGAUGCAGCUGAGGAAGCCGCUCUGGCUUACGAUAUUGCAGCUUACAAGCUGCGUGGUGACUACGCGAGGCUUAACUUUCCUCACCUGCGUCAUAACGGAACUCACAUCGGUGGCGAGUUCGGCGACUACAAGCCGCUUCACUCCUCCGUCGACGCCAAGCUGCAAGCGAUCUGCCAGACGCUAGCGGAGGGGAAAAGCAUCGACGGUGGUAAGAAGAAAGGUUCAAAGCGGUCAACGGUUGCAAAACCACGGACUGUGGUGGAGCAGCCGGAGGUCGUGAAGGUUGAAGGAUCGGAGAGUGAGGUAUCCGGCGGGUCUUCGCCGUCGUCGGAUCUGUCGUUCCCGGAAUUCACCGAGGAGGAGAGCGCGUGGUGUGGAUCGGAUAAUUUCUUGUUGGAAAAAUACCCGUCGUAUGAGAUCGAUUGGGGUUCUAUCUAGUGUACUCGUUAUUUUAUGUAGUUAAGUUACGACUGCCACUAAUUAUUUCAAGUGGUAGUGUUUCUGAGGGGUAUAUUUGUAAUUUUGUAGUGUCUAUGAGGGCUAGUUUGUAAAUUUAGAAAGGGGAGCUACUGCAAUGGAGUUUUUGACAAUUGCAGAGCCCACCACUUUUAUGUAGUUGGGGUAGUUGGUAAUUUCAUUUUAUUUUAUUAUGUAUUUUGUUUGCAGUUUAAUAUAAUAUGUUCCUUAACUUCUCAUUA